CUUGCCGGGGAAGCAGGCGUCCCUGGGGUGGGCGGCUCUGCCCACGGGUACCGCGCGAUGCGGUCCGCGCGGCUCUGAGCGGCCCGGGGACCAUGUCUCCGCGCGCCCGGCCCCGCGCGCCCCGCGGGAGGGAGGGAGCACCCAGCCGGGCGGGGGCAGAGGGAGCCGCCGCGGACCUGGCAACGCUGGCACUGGCUCGACUCUCCCAGACAGUUUUGAAGUCAGCAAAACAGAAAUCGAAUUACUAUGCUGCUGGCAGUGGCCGCUUGGGGAGAAGGGGCUCUCUCUGCCGGCUUGAUCACCAGGAGAGAUGCAGCGAGUCACAGAUGAGCCAAGCGUGUCUCCCGGGCGGACCCUGAGGACCCGUGAUCACAUUUUUCUCCCCGACUCCUUAAAACUCAGCAACCUCUCUCUUAAAAGUCCAUGCUGCUUUUUUGAUCUUGCUUUGGAGAGAAAAAAAGAAAAGAAGCUAGACAGAGGACUCCACUGAAAUUGUGAAGGAAAGCACUAUAAAGAAGCCGCCGCAGUUCCUUAGCUACUAUUGUAAUAAUGGAAGAAGAAACGCUAACCGAUGGAGCCCAGCACAGACGCCAGCCUCGCGGUGACAGAGCUUGGGGACAUAAUGCUGAAUGGUGACCAGAGCCUGUAACUGGUGAGGUUUUUCUUACACUUCAUCUGCUACAAGUUCCGGCUUAGAAAUGGAUAUUCUCUGUGAAGAAAACACUUCUUUGAGCUCAACUACGAACUCCUUAAUGCAAUUGCAUGCUGACACAAGGCUCUACAAUCCUGACUUUAACUCCAGAGAAGCUAACACUUCGGAUGCAUUUAACUGGACCGUGGACUCGGAAAAUCGAACCAACCUUUCCUGUGAGAGCUGUCUCUCACCACCCUGCUUCUCCUUACUUCAUCUCCAGGAAAAGAACUGGUCUGCUCUGUUGACAGCGGUAGUAAUUAUACUAACCAUUGCCGGAAACAUACUCGUCAUCAUGGCAGUGUCCCUAGAGAAAAAGCUGCAGAAUGCCACCAACUAUUUCCUGAUGUCACUCGCCAUAGCCGAUAUGCUGCUGGGUUUCCUGGUCAUGCCCGUGUCCAUGUUAACCAUCCUCUAUGGGUACCGGUGGCCUCUGCCCAGCAAGCUGUGCGCUGUUUGGAUUUACCUGGAUGUACUCUUCUCCACCGCCUCCAUCAUGCAUCUCUGUGCCAUAUCCCUGGACCGCUAUGUUGCCAUUCAGAACCCCAUCCAUCACAGCCGGUUCAACUCCAGAACCAAGGCGUUUCUGAAAAUAAUUGCUGUUUGGACUAUAUCAGUGGGUAUAUCCAUGCCAAUCCCGGUCUUUGGGCUCCAGGACGAUUCCAAAGUCUUUAAGGAGGGGAGUUGCUUACUCGCGGAUGAGAACUUUGUCCUCAUUGGCUCUUUCGUGGCCUUUUUCAUUCCCUUAACCAUCAUGGUGAUCACCUACUUUCUCACCAUCAAGUCGCUCCAGAAAGAAGCCACUUUGUGUGUGAGUGAUCCUGGAACACGGACCAAAUUAGCUUCUUUCAGCUUCCUGCCUCAGAGCUCGCUGUCCUCGGAAAAGCUCUUCCAGCGGUCCAUCCACAGGGAGCCAGGCUCCUACGGCAGGAGGACUAUGCAGUCCAUCAGCAAUGAGCAGAAGGCUUGCAAGGUGCUGGGCAUCGUCUUCUUCCUGUUUGUGGUGAUGUGGUGCCCCUUCUUCAUCACCAACAUCAUGGCUGUCAUCUGCAAAGAGUCCUGCAACAGGGAUGUCAUCGAAGCCCUGCUCAACGUGUUCGUUUGGAUCGGUUACCUCUCCUCAGCAGUCAACCCGCUGGUGUAUACACUGUUCAAUAAGACCUAUAGGUCGGCCUUUUCCAGGUAUAUUCAGUGUCAGUACAAGGAAAAUAAAAAACCAUUGCAGUUAAUUUUAGUGAACACUAUUCCGGCCUUGGCCUACAAGUCCAGUCAACUCCAAAUGGGACCAAAAAAGAAUUCGAAGAAAGAUGACAAGACGACAGAUAAUGACUGCACUAUGGUUGCUCUAGGAAAAGAGCAUUCAGAAGAUGCUCCUGCAGACGGUAGCAACACAGUGAAUGAAAAGGUUAGCUGUGUCUGAUGGACUGGUUGCCAUAGCAACCGUGGAGGGCAACACGGAGUCCGCUUUCCCUCUCUGGGAGGGGAAAAAACUGGGAGACUGGAGAAAAUUAGGCCAGUCUAGUGGAACCAACAAUAAUAUCUAUAUGCCUCAUUUUAUUCUGUCAAUGAAAAGCAGGGUUCAAUGACACAAAACGUGCACUUCAAAAAUAUUCUGACAGCAUUUCAGCUGUGAGCUUUAUGAUAUUAUUUUUAACAUUGUAAAUGAUGUGUCUUUAAAGUUAUUAGCUUUUAUUGUAUAAUUACAAUGAGGCCAUAAAUAAAUCUAAAUUAUCCUCUAUUUUCAAGUGGAAACCUCGCUGCUAUGUUGUUAAUUGAUGGCAUGAGUUGGGUACCUUUUGCUGUAAAUAAAAAUAGCUCUAAAUAGUGAAAUAUUGGUUACAUAUAAUGGCCUCUUACAUAAAGAAAAAUUCUCUUUAAAACUUACCAUGAUACAUAUUUUGAAUGACAACAACAAAAAGACACUAAGGACAGUGUUGUGAAAUCUGUAUUGUUAUGAAACUUAAAAGAAAUACUUGACAACUUUUUCAUUCCUGCUUUUCCAUAGAUGCCAUUUUCAGAUAUUCACAGAGAUGCUGGCAUUUGCUGCACUUCAAGUUAAUUCUCAGAAGUGAACACGAUUUUAAAUGUUAUUUAGUAACUAUUGCUGCUUUCUCUUCUACUACUUGUGCUUUAUUCUGAAUUUCCAAUGUGGUCUUGUUUAGUGUUUGCUCUACUAGGUAAACCUAUCAAAAGGAUAAUCAGACAUUACCAGAUACAUUUCUAGAACUUGCUUCUCCUAAACAGCACCGUAGAAGUGUUUGGUAUCUUGCCCUUUAAUGACUGCAUUGUGCAUGCGCUCCUCUGAGCAGUAAAGCAGUAUUGAUGUAACUGUCAGGAUUGAGGAACAAACUCAGGUUUUUUGGCUACUGACAGCCGUAGAGUCUUAGGUUUGUUUGUUCAGUUGCCCAGUCUUGUCCGACUCUUUGUGACUCCAUGGACUGCAGCAUGCCAGUCCGUGGGGUCUUAGGACAACUCUGUAAAACGCAGUGACCCUCCUGUUGGCAUCCAUUAGGUAAAUCAAUGCUUUCUGAUCAAUGUAUGUUAUUUACUAAAACUGCUCAGUUUUGGAUUCACAACUGGUGACUGAGUGUACACUACAUGUGACGAAAUGCCCUAGGUAUAAAGUUAUAAAAAUAAUUAAAACAAGAUCUUUGCCUUUAAAGAAAAAUAACCUAAUUACAUUGGUCCUUAUCAAAAAUAGUAAUUAAUAGACAUUUAGAGAACCAGUUCAAUUUAUUUCCUUCUCAUCUGGCUCAGAAACAGGUUUGUUUCUGCUCUGAGGGUCGUCUUCUCAGUUAAGUUUCCUGACUGGCUGCCCAUGAAUACCCACCAAAUGAAGAAGGGGGAGAAAUACCACUGAAGGUCAAAAUAUGCAAAUUAAUUUAGGAAUACACACUUCAACCUUGACCCCAACUCUGACUACCAAAUAUUGAGCGAAAUUUUUGCUCCACUUUCCUAAAAACAAGCUCAUUUAUUACUCACUGACGCUGGACUCCCUACCCCUAAAAAAGUGGUAAUGUAAUAUUUUGUAGGAAAGUUUGCUAAAGAGACAGAGAUGAACAGCAGUUAAUUCACCUUGAUAUUACAUUACUCUAAGUUAAACUGCACUUUCUUAUUGGAACAGAUGUUAGAUAUAUUAUUACAAUACUGAAGCCUCUCUAUGAAUCAAAAGUAGUUUUCUGCUCUACAACAUUUGGGAAAAAACUCUAUUUGAAAAUAAAGAACGUGGGAAAUACCAUCGUGUAGUUUGGAAAUGCAUUUAGGGCUAUCCUAUUAAUAAUUAUGUCCUUUUAAGUACAUUGAAAGGUGUCUUUUUCAAAGCUAGAAUUUAUGGUAAGCUGAUAAUACCUAGGCUCCAUUUGAACUGAACUAUUUUAAUGAUUAUACCAUUCUAACUGAUACAAAGUUUUAAAAGUCUCUGCUCUAAUGUAUUUUGCCUUAGUUUAUAACUCUGCACAUCUCGUUAUAUAGUAAAGACUACAGAUUCUACACCCAUAUACUCAAUCUUGGUCAGAAUGAACAUAAAUACUGCCUGAUAUGUCUUUUGACUACAUAUAUAUUACAAAUGUGUAUGUUUUUCUCUCCAUAAUUAUCUCUUCAAGUGUAUAUAGACAAACAUGUAUCUGUAUACUUGUACAGACAUGUUCCCAUGCACUUUAUUCAAUAUUUAUAUAUUUAUAUGGAGGAAAGCAAGACUCAUUACUGAAAACAUUUAGUAUAUACACAUGUGUGCAUGUUUGUAUCAUGUCAAUUUAAAUGUGAAUUUCAUGUUCUAAAGUUUCUAUGACCUUCCAUUGCUGUCAAAGCAGAUUAAAAUGUAACAGAGGUGUCAGCUCUUUAAAUAAACUGGAAGUUGACCUAAUUUUGUGGGAAGACUAACACAAUUCUAUGAGGGUGAUGAAAGCAAUGUUCCUUUUACAUACUUGACUGAUCCUAAAUAAAAUGGUAAUUUUGGGCUCUUUGUUAAGUCUGGGGACUUUUGGAUUACUAAGUUUUUUGGGUGGUUUUUUUUUUUUUUUCAC